CUUCCGGCCUUUUUAAGGUUUCGUUUUCAGCUUCAAACGCUAAGUUAAAACAGAAGCCCUAAAAGAAGCUCUAUAUUUCCAAAGGUGAUCUAGAAAUAAUCUGCCAAAAAUGAUUGUGACAGAUGCUCCCACAUUGGAUGAAAAUCUCAAGAAAGUAACUCCAUGGUGGGAUGUUGUAUCCAAGUAUCUCAUUGCUGCAAUGAUGGCCAUCGCCUUGUGGAGCAUAGCCAUACAAGUCACCAAAGACAACUUGAUAUGUGUCCCUGCUAUUGACUGCAGUAAAUUAACUGUGCCUAAUGGUUCAUUGGCUGCAAAUGUAUCAGAUGCUGCCAAGUUAUGCCAGUCACUUAAGCCAAAAAGUUUGAAGAAAAAAGUCUUGGGUAAAAUGACUGAUAGGAGAUUCUAUGAUUAUGUUGAUUCUGUUUGUUUCCAGAAAUUGAGUUGGUUUACAAAGUUCUUUCCUCUAAUUCUUUUGGGAGAAACAUUGUUACUUCUGGCUUUUGAUAUCAUGUGGACCAAGUUGCCAUGCUUUUCCUCAGUAUUAAACCAUUUUGUGGCUUUAGCAGACGAAGGUUACAGUUCUUUAGCGACUAUUGACAGGAUUAAAAGGUAUCCCAAAGGGGAAUCGCCAAAGCAGGAAAAUAAUCAUGGUGAAGAAGCUGUAAGUUCUGUGACAAGUAGAUCAGGGGAUAAUAGUGAUAAGGACAUCUUAUUAGAGGAUGUAUCAACAAAGCAGGGAGUUAAAAAAGCAGUCCCUGGAAGUUCUGCAAGUAGCUUGAAGGAUGAUAGUAGCAGUUCGCAACCAUCAACAAAUCAAGGCUAUAUCUCCAUUCCCGAUGCUGAUGCUCUCAAAUUACUAAACUUGGUUGAGAAAGCUGAAGUUUUUAGAAUGAAGUAUGAUCAAGAUUCAAGCAAAUAUUUAUUUUUUUCUUAUUCAAUACUAACAUUUUUUCAGAUGUUAACUUGUUUAUUAUCUCUUAUAUUCAAUCUUUUGGAUCCUGAAACUUUUUUUCAAGGACUUAUGACUAAUAACACAGUUGAUUUCACAUGUAUGAUUGACGAGUUUGUCUUCUCCAAGGAGUAUGACUAUUUUGAAUGUUCCCACCCAUUGGCGCCCUACUUCCAGGUUACCUUAAUACUAUUCUUAAUUUCUUUAUUUGUACAUCUUGUAAUAUCUUCGUGGGCAAUGUAUAAGAUAUGUCGUUGUGGAAGGUCUUAUAGUUUUUCUGAGAGUAACGAACAAGAUAAACAAAUAACUCAUAAUGAUUUUGCUUUUGUUUUCUUUCUUUUAACACAACAUGACAAACUGUUUGCUGACAGAGUGUCCUAUUUCUUUAAACCUGGAACCAAUGCCGACCUUCCAGGAAACAUAUUUAACUAUAUGUCUAGAAAAAGUGAUUACCAAUAAACCUGAACGGCAUUAAAGAAAUUUUUAAUUACUCAGUUGCGAAUCCAGGGUUUGGGUAUAUGCAGAAGAAGCUUUGACUGGCUUCACAAGAUCUCACAAAAGUGGAGUUCAAUUGAACCUAUCAAACCACCCCUGGAUCUGCUACUGAAACUGCUAUUAUGCAUAUGAAAAAAAACCAAAAGUUGUAUAAAAUUAGAUUCUGUCCAAAAAUAUAUACACAGCUACUUUAAACUUUUGUCAUCCAAUAUUGCCAGCUGCUGAGUUUCAGGGCCACAUUACAUUGAGGUCAUUAUAUAGUCUUCAAGAGUCAACCUAUAGCUAGUUGAGAACUGGAAAUAGCUUUGUUUGCAUUGGCCAAACUAAUUCUAAAAUAGAAAGAGAGAUAGACCAAUAUUAGAAAUCAAUAAAAAAAUCUGGAAUAUGAAGUAUUCUUAGAGUAUAAAGAAAACAUUUUGAUGUGAAAUUAAAUAUGUAAAUUAUGUGAAAUGACAAUGAUUGCAUCGAGUUACAAAUAGACAUUUGACGUAGCAGAUAUUACUUGAGGUGGGAAUUAAUCCUCAGAUACUCAUGCAGAGACAAUGAGCGUUGUUGGUCUAAUGCUGCAGUGUCAUAUUCAGCUUAGAUGAACUGAGUGACACAUAUUGUGCCAAGUUUUUUGUAGGGACUUUAAGAUUUCCUAAAGCUUAUAGGAUGCUUAAGAAUAGAUAGUCAUUCUUUUAGAUACUAAUUAUAAUGAGAGACAAUAAAAAGUGAGUGCGCCAUGCUGUGUACUCUCAUAAA